AUGGUAGGGGAGGGGAAUGAAAAUCAGACUGUGAUAACAACAGUGGAAAAGACAGUAUCAUGCCGUCACACUCCACAGCCGAUCCUAGGGCCUGACAGGAGAGUAAUUAUCAGAGAAACCGCCCUGGAGGCUUCAGAAUACAUCGCCGAUUAUAUCAUCAGUCGCAUCAAAGCCUUUAAGCCCACACAAGAUCAGCCUUUUGUUCUUGGUCUUCCGACGGGUAGUAGUCCCGAAGUCAUCUACAAGACCCUCGUGCAACGUCACAGAGCAGGAGACAUUUCUUUUAGGAAUGUCGUGACCUUCAAUAUGGAUGAAUAUGUCGGGCUACCUCGCGACCACCCUCAGUCAUACCACAGCUUCAUGUAUAAACAUUUCUUCUCUCAUGUUGACAUCCCGCCGCAGAAUAUCAAUAUCCUUGAUGGGAACGCCUCUGAUCUCGCUGCUGAAUGCGCCUCUUUUGAGGCGAAGAUCGCCCGCUACGGUGGCAUCGAGCUAUUCCUGGGUGGUGUUGGUCCAGACGGACACAUCGCAUUCAACGAGCCAGGAUCGUCCCUCAGCAGUCGCACUCGAGUUAAGACCCUGGCUUAUGACACGAUUUUGGCAAACUCUCGGUUCUUCGGCGGAGACGUGGACCAGGUACCCCGGAUGUCCUUGACCGUUGGCAUCCAAACCAUCAUGGAAGCUCGGGAGGUCGUAAUUGUGGCCACUGGCGCUCACAAGGCACUGGCAGUCGAGAAGGGCCUCGAAGGUGGUGUCAAUCAUAUGUGGACCCUUUCAGCCCUCCAGUUGCAUCAGCAUCCGCUGAUCGUAUGCGAUCGGGAUGCGACACUAGAACUCAAAGUCAAGACAGUCCGAUAUUUUGAGGCGAUCGAACAAUCAGGUACUGAUGCGCGUACUCAAGGGCCGCCUCUUGUUUACCGGCCGAGGACCUACGUCCCUGCCCCUAUGGGGACGAGCAAAACGAAUCAGCAACCCACCCCAGCGUCGACACCGCCAAGGGUUCCCAAGGACCUGAGAAUCAAUACUCAACUCAACCAGACAUUAGAUGACGAGGAGUUGACGCCUGAUAGCAUGUCUUCCCGAAUGGUCGAUUCAGCCAUCAGCGGACUCGACUCGACCUUGAAGGGGGAUCUGAUGUUUGACCGCAUGGGCACUCGAGUCAUCUCGCACUGA